CCGUCCAAUCUGCUUCACCAGCCAUGGAAUUAGUCUCCCCGUAAUAUUAAACACCAAUAAUUUUGAUGACGCAUGGGCACGAUCAUGCAUGAAAGCAAUGCAAUGGGUUUUCUUUUGCUGCAGCUAGCUAGCUAGCUAGCUACUGUAUAUAAAUACACCACCAAUAUUCAUCAAUCUCUGCAACACAAGUAGCCAUUAAUAUACAGCUUGAGUCUUUGUGCUUCGACUUAACCAAUGGCUGCUGCAGCUUCCCGAGCUUUGCUGUUGUAUAUUGUGGCAGCACUUCUGAUCCCUGAUGUUCUUGCACAACUCAGCCCAAACUUCUACCGUUCAGUUUGCCCUCAGGCGCUACCUACCAUCAGACGGGUUGUCAAGAAGGCAAUCGACGAUGAGCCUCGCAUGGGCGCGUCACUGCUUCGCUUGCACUUCCAUGACUGUUUCGUCAAUGGGUGUGAUGGAUCAGUUCUUCUUGACGACACAUCAACUUUCACUGGAGAGAAAACGGCAAAUCCAAAUUUAAACUCGAUUCGAGGAUUUGACGUGGUUGACAAAAUCAAGAAGGAGGUUGACAGAAUAUGCAGGAGAAGCGUUGUGUCUUGUGCUGACAUCUUAGCAGUUGCUGCUCGCGAUUCUGUCGCUAUUCUGGGAGGUCCACGGUUCACGUACCAAGUCCUAGUCGGCCGACGUGACGCGAGAACCGCCAGCCUCAACGACGCGAACAACAACCUCCCGCCGCCCUUCUUCAGCUUCUCGCAGCUCCUCGCCAACUUCCAGACCCACGGCCUCGACCUCACCGACCUCGUGGCGCUCUCCGGCGGCCACACCAUCGGCCUCGCCCGCUGCACCACCUUCCGCGCCCACAUCUACAACGACACCAACAUCCAGGCCAACUUGGCAUCCUCUUUACAGCGCACCUGCCCGCUGACCGGCGGCGACAACAACCUGCAGCCGUUGGACGGAACUCCGGCGGGAUUCGACACGCAGUACUUUGGCUCGCUGGUCAGGAACAGAGGGCUGCUGCACUCCGAUCAGGAGCUGUUCGGCACAGGCAGCGCCGCCAGUGACGCGCUGGUGAGGCUGUACAGCGGGAAUCCGGCGAGGUUCGCGGCGGAUUUCGCGGCGUCGAUGGUCAAGAUGGGGAAUAUGGGGCCGCUGACCGGGAGUAAUGGCGAGAUCAGAACGGACUGCCGCAAGAUCAAUUAAUUUUAAUUUCGUGUGUUAGUAUGUGUUGUCAACGGUUCGUGUUCUUUUUAAUUUACCAACAAAAUCAAGUGAAUAAAUCUAUAAAAAAAAUAAUCAAGUGAUUAAAUUCGG